GAAGGUUUGCAGUCUAUAUCAGUAAAUUCCGGUCGCUCAAUCCUAGUCAGUGUCAGUCGUCGUGGUGCAGCGCGUCCCCAACCUGUUAUAUUAUACUGCAGCUUUAAGAGGCUUAGGUCCCAAAUCAAUUCAAAAUGUCCCAACUGCCAGUGUACAAUCCACCAUCGCCCUUCCUCGGAUUUAUGCCAGCCGGGCUUGGCCUGUAUCGCAAGGUUGUCAUCCGUGGCAAAAUGACUCAUGACCAGUUCAACAUCAAUCUCCAGUCCGGCCCUAACGUGAAUCCCCGCGACGACGCCCCCCUGCACAUCAGUAUCCGCCCGAGGGAUCAGGUCAUCGUGCGCAACACCUACCAGUUCCGCAGCUGGGGCAUCGAGGAGCGCCACGGCGGAUGCCCGGUCCAGAAGCGGUCCUACUUCGACAUCCAGAUCACGGUCAAACCGGACACCUACAGCAUAGCGGUCAACGGGUGCCACUUUGCCGAGUUUGCCCACCGGCAGCCGUAUGCCUCGGUGCGAUUCGUCCACAUCGGCGAAGGUGCCCAGGUGGAUGCCAUCGUGAUGGAGUGAACCGGCGGGGUCGAUAAAUUAUAAGAUGAUAAGAUUGCCGACACGAGUGUGUAAGCGAUAAGCGAUAAGAGAAUCAUGAAAGCCUAAUCCCCGUUUGACAGGGACUUUUUUUUAGCAGGUUACAGUAUUUUAGCACUUCUUAGAAAUUUCAAUGAUUGAUUACGAUAACGAUUAGGAUUUACUACCAUGGAUAUGUCAUCGACAAUAAAAGCUCUUUGAUAAAGUUCGUCUAUAAAACUGUUUCAGUGUAAUCAUUUCAUUGUGGUAAAUUUUUGUUUUUGCAUGUUUCAGAAAUCAAAGUAUCACCUGUUACGCUACAGAAAUAAAGUUCCGUAAUUUAUCCAUGUAA